AUGAAUUAUAAAUUUACAAAUCGAGAUAUGGUUACCAUUUUGGUUAAAGACAUUACAAUUGUCAAUGUCUAUAAUCAACCGAAACCAUCCAAGAAAUACCCUGAGCCACCGGUUUUUGAGUUUCUCAAACGGGAGAUCAAGGAACAAUACUCAAAGAUUGUCAUUGCAGGUGAUUAUAACUUACAUCACAAGGAAUGGGAGUCAAGGGCAGGUCCGAAUACGGAAGCAGAUGAAGUUGUUGAGUGGCUACAUGAAAAUGAUAUGAUGUUAAUUACUCCAAGAAAUCAAAAAACAUACAACAAUAGAACCAAUAUUGAUUUGGUUUAUGGCUCAGUGGACUUACUUCAUAGAAUUUCAUUUAGUGGAGUGGAUGAAAAUACACUAAGUGAUCAUUCAAUUGUGGAGUGGGACAUCUCUAUGUCUCAGAGUAAAAACGGGGAUGAAGUUUUUACUUCGGUGAAGAGAUUGAAUAUUAAGAAUGCAGAUUGGGAAAAGUUUGACAAGGAGCUUUCUUCUGCCAUUAAAGAUUUUAAUGUGCAUAACAAAACUCUAAAAUCAACUGACCAAAUUGAUGACCAAGCUAAAGUUCUUGAGGAGGUUGUAAAAAGAGCAAUGGCAAAGUCGAUGAAAGAAGUUAAGGUGAUGAAAAAGUCCAAACGCUAUUGGAAUCAAGAAUUAAGGGAGAAGUUAGAAAAAGCGCUAGAAGCUAAAAGGGAAGCCCGUCAAAGGCAACCUUCUUUGGCUUUGAAACGACAAAAAAUUGAAGAGGCGAAAAAAGCUAGAAAAAUUUUUGACCACAGUUUGCGUGAAGCAAGUACUGAGCAAUGGAAUAAAUAUUUGUCUAGUUUAGAAGGAAAUGACAUUUGGAAGAUUUUGAAAUUUUUGUUUGAUGAAGUUGACUCUGCAUUGGCUGAUACCCCAAAUGAUAAAGCUCCAGGAGACGAUGGAAUUACGGGCAAAGUUUUAAAGAUGGCAUGGCUAAAUAAAGACUUUAAGGAAAGGUUUUUCAAGCUUCUCCAAGCUUGUGUGAAGUUUGGAUACCACCCAAAAGUCUGGAGACAUGGCAUUAUUGUUGUUAUACCUAAACCUAAGAAACCUGACUAUUCAAAGCCAAGAGCAUACCGACCAAUUUCCUUACUUAAGAUUCCAUCUAAAGUACUGGAAAAAAUUAUACAAAAAAGAAUGACCAAGCUUACAACACACUUACUUCCACCAGAGCAAUAUGGGGGAAGACAAGGUUAUUGUGCUACUGAUGCUGUUUUGGAACUUGUCCAAAGAAUUGAAACUAGUAAAGAAAAAAUUUCAGCUAUGCUCAUUGAUAUUCAAGGAGCUUUUGAUAAUGUUAACAGAAAUAUAUUGGCAGACACAAUGGAGGAUAUGAAACUACCCAAAGCACUUAUAAACUGGACGUACCAAUUUGUAAGUGAAAGAGAAGCUAGUAUGCUCAUGGACCGAUGA